AUGGGCUUGUUCGGAACUUCUGACCCGGUGAAGAGAGAAGAGAAGAUGUUGGCCAAUGGUCUGUUUUGUCUGGGACUAGGAAAUCGCUCUCGUUGGCUACCCGCUCCGCUAGUUCUUCACGUUGGCACCUUUGCGAUAUCACCAGAGGCCAAACACGAUGAUAAAACCGUCAAGAACGCUCUGAAAGACGUAGCUCAUGCGGAAAAAUCGGAACAUAAUGCUACUAAGCAAGAACGAUCCGCUCACGCUACACACGAAAAGGCUGUCAAGACGGAAGCUAAGCUUCAAUCCGAGCUGGAGAAAUUGACUCAUAAACACAACGACGCCGUUUCCAAAGCCAACGCCACGGCUAAUGAGGCUCAACGUAAAUCCGCAGAGCAUCAGAGGAUUGUCGGGGUGGCACAGCAAAGUAAAGCGAACCUGGAUCAUGUACAACACACUCACAAAGAGCAUUCGAUCCAACGCGACCAAAAGCUCGCGGCUCUACAUGAAUCCCACGCUCCUGUAGAUCCGGCGCCUGGCACAGGCGCACCAGUCGGCCAGACUGGUGCACCGGGAAUUGGUGCCGUUCAGACGGGUGGUGGAGGUGGCGCGAGUCAACCCGUCGGUGGACGGGGAUAUGGAGGUACUGCUCCGGGUGAGAAUGGACAUAUUGGCUUGGCGAAAGCGGAAGCUAUCAACGCUCAGCAGCACGGCCAGGCGCCAGGUCAAACGGUUUAA